CGGCCGGGGGAGAGCGGUCGGUGCCUGGGGCGGCGGGAGGUGCCGGGGUCUCCCUCCGGGUUCAGCGCUUGCCGAGCCGUGAUGGCAGCAGAGCCCUGCCGUGAGCAGCGCUGCGCGGCGUGCCGGGGACAUCGCCGGAGUUUGCCAUCGCCGCUGCUCGCCCCUGCCCCUGCCCCUGCCCCUGCCCGGCACCCGGCGCGGGGGUGCAGCCUCUGCUGCAGAGCCGAAGCACAGAGCGCGCUGCUUCCCACUGCGCUCCCUCUCUUCCUCCUUUCACAGCAAACUGAAGGACUACAGAUCAAAUCUUCCUCUUACGCAUGUGGAAGGCGCCCCUGUUGAGUUACUUAAAAAACAAACGGGCAAACAGACGAUCCCCCGUCUCUGAGCUAGGCACUUUUUAGAAGCACAUUUCCAUUGUUGCUGAGCUCUGCUUUUCGGUACUUAACAACACCGAAAAAUGAAAGCUUUCCCAUCAUGUCUCUCCAUGCAGUAGCGCUCGCCAGCUUCAGCAGAACAGAAGUCUUCAAACACCCCUGCUCUGAGAAGUUAAACCACGAAAGCCUAAAGGUGGCGUUCACCGACUCAGCGUGUUCUUCAAAUCCCUCCGUGAGGAUUAGCUGCCUUUCUCCAACACCACAAAUCUCUGUUCUCUCAGCUGAAUCUUCAAGGCCAGCAGUGAUUGGACAUGCUGGAAGUUUUGGAUCAUACCCAGGCAGUGCUGAAGCUAUCAAAGACAUUCUCAUGUCUGUUUUAAAUGCAUCUGGUUUGAAGCCCUCUUUGGUGUUGGAGCAGAGCACAAUGCAGGGAGCUGAGCACCCAGACAGUGAUGCAGAGCAGUGGGAAGAAAGCAGCACCGGAGACAGCCAUGAUGACAGUGACAGUGAUUCUGCACAUCACAACGCUGCCUGUACACAGACAGACAUUCGGUUUACCAGACCCCGGGCAUGUUGGAACAACACAGACUGUGAUUCCCCCAAACCUUUGCUGGAUACUUUCCCUUGUCCCCAUUAUACUGAUGGAGAUCCUGCUGCUUCCUCCUUGAAUGGUUUCACUCUUUCAAGCGUGUCCCCUCUGAAGCGUGACUGCUUUACCCAGGUGACAUUAACAGGAGGCACCGUCACAUCCGCUGUUGUGCAUUCUGGAAAAGAAUCUUGUACCUCCCCUGAAAGAGACUUGGCUUUCACAAGGUUGCUUUCAGAUUCAACUGUUGGUAAAGCAGAUCUAGUGAAAUACCCUCAUGUGGAGCCUGCGCCUCUCAGCAACCGUGACAGCGAUUCUCCCAGUGGCCUUUCCCAGUCAGAGCCAGUCAAUCCAACAGGUUCUACUUCUCCUUUGAAUAUAAGUGCUAUACCCUUGAAUCGUUCAUUGCAGGACAUCUGCAUGCUUCCAGAGGAUGUGGAAAAGGAAAACGCACACUUUUUUGUCGCGGAUAUGAUUAUAGCAUCACUAGAAAAAAUGAAAUGUAAUAUCCUAAGCCAACAACAAGCAGAGUCCUGGGGUGUGGAGGAAACAAGUGGAUCAGAUGGCAGCUAUCACACUGACUCAGAGUUAUCUUCCUACCCUGGAGUGAAGAAGUCUGAUUCUUCUGUUACCUCUUCAGACAGUGGUUAUGAAGGCUGUGCUUUGCUACCUGUCAGCUCCCCAGUGCACCUACCAUCACAUCAUGAGGUUACCAGAUUUCAUUGCCACAGUGACUCAGAGGAUGAAUAUGUAAUUAUUGAACUUGAAGACCUUGAAAAUCUGUCUGUUACCCCUGAUAAAAGAUCAUCUUUUGAACCAGGCAGCAAUUCUGCUGAAGCAACAGCCCAGGAGUUGUGCAGAGCUUUCAGAAAAUACUGGUUGCAGACAGACUCUGCAGUUCAGCUGUCCGGUUGCCUGAGCUCAUCUAAGCAGAGAUCUGUGCUAAAAGAAGAGAUUCCAAGAGAACUUGAGUCCAGUGUGAAUCUGGCUGAAGAAAUAAAGAUCAUAUCCAAGCUGAGAGGAUCUUCUGGCUGGUCCCCACCAAGAUCACAGAUUAUAUUUAAUAUUCAUCCUUCAGUCAAGAGAGAUGCAGUGGUGGCUGCUCAAAACUUUACAUGUGUUGGCUGUGGAACCCCAAUAGAAAGCAAAUAUAUCCGGAGACUCCGCUAUUGUGAUUACCUGGGGAAGUACUUCUGUGACUGCUGCCACAGCUAUGCCCAGUCUUCUAUUCCUGCCCGAAUACUUUCAAAGUGGGAUUUCAAAAAAUACUAUGUGUGCAACUUCUCCAAACACCUACUGGACAGCAUAUGGCAGCACCCCAUUUUCAAUGUAUCAUGUAUUAACAAAACCCUCUACACAAAAAGUAAAGAAAUGGACAGGGUCAGGGAGGCGCAAGAACAGCUUUUUCAUUUAAAAAAGCUUUUGAAAACAUGCAGGUUUGCUGAAAGUGUACUGAAAGAAUUUGAACAGGUUCCCAGCCAUCUGACAGAGGAGCUGCAUCUCUUCUCACUGGAUGAUCUGGUGAAGAUCAAACGAGGGCAGUUACUGCCUCUUCUUAAAGAUAUUCUCAAGACCUCUACCUCUCAUGUGGAUGGCUGUGAGCUCUGUCAAGCGAAGGGGUUUAUCUGUGAAUUCUGCCAGAGCGCAGACCUGCUCUUUCCAUAUCAGACUGCCAAAUGUAAAAGGUGCCCAGAGUGCAAAACAUGCUUUCACAAAGCGUGCUUCAAGUCUGGAGGCUGCCCCAAAUGUCUGCGAAUCUCAGCUCGGAGGACUCUUUCAGAAUCUCCAUCACUGGUGCCUCAGUGAAACUAGGUUCCUCUGACUGCUGGCUUUAGAAGAUGCUCAGAGCCAUAUCUUCAGAUGCAUGAUUAAGUGUUAAAUAAUGUUGUUUUAGACAUUACUGUUUUUAAUGCAUGUCUCCUUUAUGGGGGGGUAAAAAAAAUAAAAAAAUAGAAAAAAAACCAAAAAACAAAUGUCAACUUCAUUAUUGCCAUUGAAAACUCACCCUGAAGGAGUUUCAUCUUAAUGGUGACAGACUGGAUGUUAAUUUUUUGGGCUGCCUUUUGUUGCUAUGUUUUGUCCUUGGAUGUAAGAUUUUUAAUACUGUUUUUUUUUCAUGUAAAAAUGAUUCAUCUCUGUAAUUCUGCAGAUAAUGUAUAGAUAGUAAGUGAGCGUUGCAAGUCUUUGCCUGUGUUCGUUUUUGGAAAUGGGGAAAAAGUGGUGAAGUACAAAAUCAUUCUCUGAAAAGCUCUACAAUAAAUAGAAAAGACUUGUCUGCAAGUUUUAGGCAGAUGCUAAUCUGAAAUUGUUAUGGCAAAUGCUUAUUGAGAAC